CCCGUGAUGUUCGCCCUAGCAAGAAGGCAGCAGUUCAUGCUUGACACUGUUUUUCUUUAGGUUGUGCUGUUGCGCACAUAUUUAACGGACGUGCGUCUUUUCGUUUUGGUCUUUACACAUAUUUAACGGACGUGCGUCUGGUCGUUUUGGUCUUUAUUGAUGGACAACAUUAAUCGUUAAUUGCGCCGAACGUCUAAUGUCGAUCUAAAGCAGCCCGCAGGAGGUAAAGCGGAUUCCUCUGGUGCCCUCCCGCAAUUAUGGCGUCCGGAUAUAGGUACGGGUCGCGGACCAUAGGCAAAAAUGAUGUGAACUACAGGAUGCAUUUCCGUAUGAUCAACGAGCAGCAAGUGGAGGAUAUUACUCUGGACUUUUUCUAUAAGCCGCACACAAUAACACUGUUAACAUGCACAGUGCUCAGCUUGAUGUAUUUCGCAUUUACAAGGGACGAGACAAACGAAGACGCUAACUUGUGGGUGGGCCUCAUCCUGACCAUCUCCUUCUUCCUGGUCAUCAGUGUUCUGGCCUUCCCUAACGGACCAUUUACCAGACCACAUCCGGCGAUAUGGCGAAUAGUUUUCGGUCUGAGUGUGCUGUACUUCCUGUUCCUGGUGUUCAUCAUCUUCCUGAACUGGGAGCAGGUGAAGAACGUCAUGUACUGGCUCGACCCAAACCUGCGCUACGCCACCCGGGAGGCUGACAUCAUGGAGUAUGCAGUGAACUGUCACGUGAUCACCUGGGAGCGAAUCCUGAGCCACUUGGACAUCUUUGCCUUCAGUCACUUCUGGGGCUGGGGCAUGAAGGCCCUGCUCAUCCGCAGCUAUGGUCUCUGUUGGACCAUCAGCAUCACCUGGGAGCUCACUGAGCUGUUCUUCAUGCACCUGCUGCCUAACUUUGCUGAGUGCUGGUGGGACCAGGUGAUCCUGGACAUCCUUCUGUGUAAUGGAGGAGGCAUCUGGAUGGGCAUGACUGUCUGUCGCUUCCUGGAGAUGAGGACCUAUCACUGGGCCUCCAUCAAGGACAUCCACACCACCACAGGGAAGAUCAAACGUGCUGCGCUCCAGUUCACCCCGGCUAGCUGGACCUACGUCCGCUGGUUUGACCCAAAGUCUUCCCUGCAGCGCGUCACUGGGGUCUACCUCUUUAUGAUCAUCUGGCAGCUGACGGAGUUGAACACAUUCUUCCUGAAGCACAUAUUUGUGUUCCCGGCGUGCCACGCCCUCAGCUGGUGUCGAAUCCUCUUCAUCGGCAUCAUCACAGCUCCCACCGUGAGGCAGUAUUAUGCCUACCUCACAGACACACAGUGUAAACGGGUUGGGACACAGUGCUGGGUGUUUGGGGCCAUAGCGUUCCUGGAGGCCUUGGCGUGUAUAAAGUUUGGAAUGGAGCUGUUCUCCAAGACCCAGGUCCUCUAUGUGCUGGUGUGGCUUGUGUGUGUGGCCAUAAUCACAUUCCUGUGUCUGUAUGGGAUGGUGUGGUAUGCAGAGAUCUAUGGCCCCAAAGAGAAGAGCUACUCUGAAUGUGAGGACAGCAACUACAAUGAGGACUUUGUGUCAGAACAAUGUAAAGGAGAACUGCAUUCUGAGGGUGAGACUACUCCCACCCGGCGGCGGGGGCGGAGCUCAGGGAAGAACAAAUCCACCAAUGGGCUGAGGAAGAAGUAAUGCUAGGCCCGCCACCCAGGGUGGAGUCCCGCCCUCUUCUCCUCUCUGAACCCCAGACCACGGAGGAAGAGGUGCAUGUUUGGGAGAGGCGGAAGAGAAGCGGGACUGAGAGAA